GAUUUGCAAUCCCUUUGAAUUUGUUGUCGAUGACUCAAUUUCACAGAUGCCUAAAGUUAAAAGAAAAGAUGGAUAUUAUGCAGUUAAAACUGGCCGCCAAAAAGGAAUUUAUGAGUCUUGGGAAAAAUGUAAAGCGCAAGUUCAUAAAUUCAAAAACAGUGAAUAUAGAAAAUUUUAUACAUUUCAACAAGCUCAAGAAUAUUUAGAUGGAAAAAAAACAACUAUCCAACAAGACCCAAAUAUAGAAAAAAUAUGGACUGAUGGAAGCACAUACAAAAAUGGAACAAAAUAUGCAACUUCUGGUAUAGGUGUCUUUUUUGGUGAUAAUGAUCCUCGUAAUUUAUCAG